UUAUCGAUGUAUAACCGAUUUCGGCUUUUUUUUACACACUUACAGUACAACGGGUCCCUACAUGUUUUAAUACUGGAAAUUGUUUUGUUAUUUAAUUCUUUUUUGUUUCGGUUUGCGUCAAAUAAUAGACUUUUUUCGAAAUUUUUAUCACGUCUCUUCUAUAUUUAACGAUUCGGGAUAAGAGGUCCAAAAUCCAGAAUUCUUUGUGUCAUGGUUCGUUUUUUUCCAUUUUUAUACAUUUAUGUUUAAUACAUCUUCAAACCCGUUACAUUUUAAAAGUGAUCUCUUGUGACUAGUCUUCCGGUGUACAAUAGGUUUUCAAUACAAACUUGGUAGAAUGUUAAAUGAAAGCUCUGAGGAAAAUAUUCCUACAAUUCCUGGAAAUACUACCUACUAUGGAAUAUUUAUUCAGGCUGAAAAUGGAAACGUUACCCAUAAUGCAUCUCAGAAGCAAGUGUAUAAAGACAAAAAUGAGGUAAUGCGUAUUCUUAAGAGCAACAAAAAAGCUAGGUUUAAAGCUUUUCAAACUGAGGAUGAAGCAGCUCGCUUCUCUUUGUAUGGUUGCGAGUUGGAUGCAGACGUUAGUAAAAUAAAUUCAUCCACAUUAUUGAACUUGCCUCUCAGCGAAAAAUGUGCUUUAAAAGCACCAAAAUCUCAAGAUCUAGUUAAGUUCCGUAUGGCCAUUGAACGUCAUGACUUUCCCUAUGUCGUUCAGUGUAUUACCGAUAAUCCGCGAUAUUUAAUCAGUAGUGGGGACACGCCUUCGAUCCUUCAGGAAGGCACAAGAUACAAUGCAUUACAUGUAUGUGCACGUUCAAACAAUGCAGAAGUGUGUAAAUAUAUUUUAAAAACUCUUGGUGAUGUUAAUUUUAUCGAAAGAAUGUACGCAACAAAAACUGGAUCUAGUGAACGAUGCAAAAUAUUGUUGGACUUGUAUUUGAACACACCAGAUAAAGCUUUAAAUGAAACACCUUUACAUUUUGCAUCAAAGCUAGGUGCUCUUGAAGUUGUGAAAGCAUUAGUGCUCCAUGAACAGUGCGACAGACAUCGCUUUAAUAAAUAUCAUGAGACUCCAAUGGAUAUCAUUUGUACUAGAGCUUCCGGUGAUGCCUUAAAAAAUGAAGCAGCUAUUAAAAUAGCACUGGAAGCUACAUACUUUGUACCUGUUCUUAGAAGUCUUGAUGGUACUGUACAGCCUGUUGUAGGAGAACCAUUCACUCCUUCAUCACCACCAACUGUAACACUUACGAAAAGUGAUCAGGAUUGCAUUAAAACACCUCCCAUGCAGAUUAGAGCACUUGCAGGACCUAUGAGUGAAGCGGAAGCUAGUUGUUUUAGAAAAAAAUUUAAAACACCCCCACGUGACAAAGCAACCUACCUCUUAUCACCAUCUCGUACUGAUCCGGAAAAAGGGCUGGAAAGAGUCGGCAGAGAUUUGGCUUCAAAACUAAAAAUUCCAUGGACAGAAUAUUGGGAGUUUUUGGAUGCAUUUGUAGAUCUGACUUCUCCUGAAGGGCUAUCAUUACUUGAAAAUUAUUUACAAAAAAAAGUCCAGUAUAAACAAACUGAAUCCUCUUCCCCCGAAGUUCCUUCAAAUGGUCAGAUGAAAUCACUUCUAGAUAUUUUAAAUGAUGAUUCUUGUAAAAUUUCACCAUUGAUGCAGAAAAACUCUUUGAGCCCUGUGUCACAGUUGUGUGCAGAUAUGGAAAAUUUACAUUUAGUAGAUUUUUCACCAGUAGACGACACCGGGGAUACUGGUUUUGACUGUAAUGUUUGCAUUAUUAACUCUUAUCAGGUGUAUGCUAGACAUAUCGCUUCUGCAGUCAAAAAACAGACUCAAAUGAAUUUCGUUCAAGCAGUUUACCAGUUGCAGUCGUUUAUAGCUAGUUGCAGUUGUGAUGUUCGGUUUAACAAAGUGAAUUUUGCUCAAAGUCAUUAUGUAAUUGCAGAUAUCGUAAAUCGAAUAAUUGGUGUUAAUUCACAUCAAGAAUUGAUUUUUCUUAAACAAAUCUCUCGUGAUAAACCGCCAAUUCAAAAUUCUAACACACCUUCCGUUGAUUGCAAAGGGUUAUAUGAAGCCUAUAUGUGCAUUGUCCUAUUUUUGAUUGAUGCCUUAGAAGGGACGAAUGAAAAGGAGGGACAAAGCUCACAAAAACAAACAACCUGCAAAUGUAAAAUUGCUAGAAUUUCCCGUUCUAAGAAAAACAAGAAGAAUUGGUCACGUAAAUUAGAGUACAGCACAUUUCCUAUUAAACAAGUCAGGAAGAAUAGCCCACAAGAGAGGAACAGUAUAUUUCGCUAUGACAAUGAUGAUGCAGAAUAUUUUUCAGAUUCAAGUUAUUCAACACCAGAAUCUUCAGAAGAAGAUGGACACAGCGAUGAUGAGCAGUUUUAUGAAGCUGAUGAUGGUCAAAAGGGAUAUUUUUUAACUGGCUCAGAACCAAUCAAACUAGACUUAAUGGUAUUAGAUACAAUUAAGGAUGUUAACAUUUCACAACUGGAAUUUCCUUUUAUUUAUUUUUGGAAGGCUUCUUGCUCGAAGUAUUCAGUGCAGCACCCGCAAACACAAUGGACAACUCCGAAAAAAUCCCAUCUACUGAAAUUCGAGCCUAGAAGUUGUUUAAACUUGUCUUGUAAUGAAAGUUAAUAUACUGUUUGUUGUAAUUGUUUAUGUGUGAUUUUUAUUUUUAUUUUUAAACAUUAAACUAAAAAUUUGCUAUUUAGUGUUUAUCUUUACCAAUUAAAAAAAAAAAAAAAAAAAAAAAUACUACAAUGGGAGAGAUGUCUGUAUCACAAUAUUAGGUGCAACACCAUGGAAAUGUGUGUAUACAAUUUUUUUUAAGCACAUAACAUCGUAAAACAGACUGAUAAAACUCUAACCAACCAUUAAUGUGUUCCUUUUUGUAAUUUUAUACAACAUAUAAUUCACUUGAUAUUUGUAUAAAGUAUAUGUGUAUGUUGUUAACACAGAAUAACAGUCUCUAACACUUAUAAACAUAUUUUUUCUUAUCAAAAAUUGUUUUGUAAAUACUCUUUGUUUUAAAUAUAAUUUAUUUGUUAACCGUUCAUUUUAACUUUGAUU